AUGGCGCGGUUUCUCAAGCUGUGCGCUGUCCUGUUUGGCGGCAUCCGUGCGAUGGAUGGCUCAGGUGACCAGGCUUUGCCAACUUUGCCAAACUUGAUGGACUUCGUGAACCUCAGCUGCAGCUGCACAUCAGCAUCAUCCCAGGGCGUGAAUCUUCGCCUUCGUCGGGUCCACACGGGCCAGACCAUCAGAGCUCCUGAGCAAGGUAUCUCCACAUGCUCUUCGACUGCCGAGGGGGGGACUUCCUCAAGUUCAAGCUGCUCCCAACCGCAGGCCUGUGUCGACAGCGAUGAUGAACUACUGGCGAUGGCCUUGGCUGAGGUAUUCAAGGAGCAAGAUAUCUCCACCUGCUCUUCGACUGCCGAGGGGGGGACUUCCUCAAGUUCAAGCUCCCAACCGCAGGACCAAAGCAAAUGA